CCGUAUUCCUUUUAAAUGACCUCAGCUUCUGCAUUCAUAAGGGCUUUGCCAUAAUUAACUUUCUCUCUUCUCGGAUACACAGUGACGUGCGUUUGAUAAUUGAGGCAAUGAAUCAUAGACAUGCGUUUUAUGAUAUUGUAGUGGGGAAACGUUACGUAAAAAGUCACUUUAGUUAGACAGUACGUUGUGUAAAAUAAGUCCAUGUGACACCGCGCGGUUUGAUUGGCUGAGGAACUGAAAAACCAUGUGUUCAUGUGAUGUGAUUGGUUAAUUUCAUAACAUCGUUUUAUCGUAUGGCUGAAUGGUAAAAUGUAGUACCUGUGUAGUUUGGUACAAGAAAAUUACGGAUUUUUCUCUAUUACUAUUUUAUCUUUCUACUUUUAUGUGACCAACACGCCGCCAAAAUGGAUAGUCUUCUUUCGGCCUUAUUUUCUUCUCCGGAGGAAGAGCUGUACGUCUUGGACUGCAUGGCUUACUUCAUGAUUUUAAUGGCAGUUUGCACAUUUGUUUCUUUGCUUUUUAACGACGUGCCGUAUGGACGGUACGCUUCGAGUACAUACGGAUUCCCGGUGAACGCCAAGCUGGCCUGGUUUGUCCAGGAGCUGCCCGCUUUCCUGCUGCCCGUCUGUUUGCUAAUGUGGGCAUCAUCAGCGAGGAGCUCGCAUCUUGCGAAUCAGCUGCUCAUUGCAAUGUUUUUGUGCCACUAUACACAAAGAUCACUUAUUUAUCCAUUUUUAAUCCGAGGAGGUAAACCGACACCAUUCCUGCCCUUUUUCCUGGCUCUUGUUUUCUGCAUGUACAAUGGCUUCAUGCAGAUCAGAUAUCUGAGCCACUAUGCAGAGUACCCUGCAGACUGGGUGAUGCAUCCAUGCUUCAUUGCAGGUUGUGCGUUGUGGUUGUUUGGCUGGCUGACGAAUUUGCACUCUGACCACAUCCUCAGGAAUCUGAGGAGGCCUGGAGAGAGCGGAUAUAAGAUCCCCAGAGGUGGCAUGUUUGAGUACGUUUCUGGAGCCAACUUCUUCGGGGAGAUAACUGAGUGGGCGGGCUUUGCGCUGGCGGGCCAAUCUGUUCACAGCACAGCUUUUGCCAUCUUCACCGUCGUGGUCCUUAGCAGCAGGGCUUUUGCGCACCACAAAUGGUACCUUGGUAAAUUCGAAGACUACCCGAAAGACAGGAAGGCAUUGAUCCCUUUUUUGAUUUAGAAAAUGCCCCUAUACAAUAAGUCCUGAUUUUUCAUGGAAUAUAUGUUCAAGACCCAACGGCAAUAUAGAAGGACUCCUGAAAUGACAGUUACAACAAUCAACAUUUAAACCUACCAAACAUACAAAUCUUCUGUUAUGGACUUUUUUCUAUAUAUGUACAGUUUUAUUUUUUAUUUUUGGAUUGUUUAACGGACUACUACAAACAUUUUUGGAGACAUGUUGCAUGAACCAAGGCGGAAACCAAUGAACUUAGCAUUAAAGUACAUUUCUAUACAUCUUUCAUUUGCCAACCACUUUAUGUGCAUUACACUUCUGCCAUCUAUGAGACCCGAAUGGAACUUUACCCAAUGCAUUUCAUCACGGUCCAAGGCUCUUUUUUUUUUUUUUAUAACCUCAGAACCCUUCCUGAGGAAGACAGACACUAUUUUUCUGCUAAAUUGCCUCACUAAGAUGGACAUAGACAGUCAUGUACAGGAACCUUGCGUUUUUGGCGUCAUUGGCACUGAAACAUUAUCAUUCACUGUCAGCCUGAAAACGAUGAGUAAGGAACCAUCAAUUCAUCUCAAGACAUUUUUUGUUCAGACCUCGUCACCGUGCAAGAAUAAAAAAGACGAAAUGUAACCCAACCUCUGGCCUGUAACCGUAGCAUGCCUGUCCGUCCUUGGCUCCUGCGCCACAAAUGGAGCCCGAACGGGGGGGCUCCUUCAAUAACUCAGCCGUGCCUGAAAUGUUCCUGCGUCGUAGUUGACGCUGACAAUCGUGGAUGUUUUAUGAGAUGCUGCGGCUAAGUAAAGGGGAAAGUUAGGCUUGCACAUAAAUGGCAAGAUAGUGGUGACUAAUGCAGAUGAAAAGCACAGCUGGAGUUGCAUUCUUCAUUUAUACGAAACCCUAAAAGUGACCUUUUGGGUGGCGGCAGGAGGCGAGUGAAGUGUAAACUGAAGCUUGAGCUUCCACAGUGUGCCUGCAGCAAAUGCCAUCUGCAUUUUUAUCUCUAAAUCUUCACUCGUGUUAAUAGAGGACAAAUAUUUCAGGCCACUAUGCAAGCUAAGGUGCACAUACUGGGUUUUACCAUCUCACUUGUCAAGGCACAGCAGGAUAAUCUUUAGAGAUGUUCAAUAAUCUUAGGUGACCUUGAUCAAAAAACAGGAAAAGUACGCUAAAUUAUGGGUUCAUGUUUUUAUGUAUUGUUUUAAUGCAAUUUGAAAUAAAUGUGCUAUACCAUUUAUACACAUGGACUGAAUUGUCAAGUGUUAUGCAGAGAAAGUAUUGUGAAAUCUGCUUCAUGUCACUGUCAAUUACACUACAGUAGGUCUUAUUGCGUGGCGAAAAGAGGGAGAUUUAUUCUCGCAAUCAUGUGGUUUGUGGUUUGACGCCAAAUGCAGUAUUCAUACUUCUACACACCGCAUUGCCUACAGGAUUGAAAGGGAGCAAAUGAGUCCAUUUAACAUGCAUGGCAGAAAGAGAGGGGGUGUAACAGAUGCUCAAUCUCCUGGCGAGGCUUUUUAUUAUUUGUUGAGCUUCUGUCACAGUUGCUUAAUGAGGUUUGGACUAGGGAAAAAACAAAGAAUCAAGUCUCUUAUUUCUCCUGUUAACGUUGAUAGGAUUUGUCUUUCCAUCCGUUUUCUGUAACACUUGUACUCAUUUGGGUCACUGGUCACAUUUUGGACUGGUCACCAGUCAAUCACAGAGAAGAAAUAGAUAAUUUAGAGCUCAGUGUCAAACAUUAUUGCAUCAUUUAUGUGGCAAGAAAACAAUGUCUAUAUUUUGGCAUAUUUGUUUUUAUGACUGAUCGUGCUCCAACAUGAAAUCACAUUUCGUAGAACUAUGCAGCUGCAAUGUUAUUAACUCAUUUAGUGCCAAAGAUGCGUUUUUAUGUCUUUCAUGUUUUUUUGUGGAAAUGAGUGUUAAGAAUGUCUCUGGCGGUUCUACUAUGAAUUUCGAGUUUUUUUAACGUGAUUAUACUUUGGUUUAAUACAGACCGCAGAGCAUGUUUGGCCUAAUUAGCAUGCUGUAAACUCGAGACAAACCGCAAAAAUCAGUUGUCACUAUCUGCACGGUUAGGUCUCUCCUCGAAGCUGCUCCCCUGUGUUGCGGCUGUCAGAUGUGGUCUAACCCGUACGACGUGGGGAAAUCCCACUAUGACAAUAAGGCAAAGAAGAAAUCUAUUGCCACUAUCUGCUUGUGCAGUACCGGUUAGUCCUCUACCUGAAGCUGCGUGUGUCAGUUGUCGUCCAACCCGUACGACAUGGGAAGCCCCACAGAUGACAGCAAGGCAAAGAAUCCUUGCAAACCACACACAGCGAACGACUUGUAGCCUGCUGCUGUUGACACCCACUUACGCUUAGAUAGAGCUAAAGAUACUGUAUGAGAAAGGAAGCAUCUUUUCGCAUAGUAGGACUGAGCAGCUGUGUGCAUGCCUGCGAGUGUUGGGAUACGGCCACAUAUUCUAUCUGACACAUAGUUUGCUCUUGGGCCUUUUUUUGGCUAGACUGUGUUAUGAUACACGUGAGCGGCCAGGGUCGGGGGUUAGGUGUUAUGCAAGAGACUUCUUCCUACAGUCCCCCCUCUAUCAUGUACAUUAUACUCAGUCUCGUCUCAUCAUACAGUCGAGGUGUAAAACGAUACAGGCUGCAAGAUGGCUCUUACAGUGAUGUUGUGAUGCGUGACAGCACCUGCUGUUUCAAAGCAGCUACAUCGAAGGAUGAUCAUUUCAGUAUUUCCCUUUAUAUUCAAUGGGCGGCCUCAAGUGUACGUGAGCAGCAUAUAAAGAGGGCGGGAUUAUGACCCGUAUAAGUAUUUCAUAUUCCAUCAACAUUCAUGAUGUGUAUUGGUGAGUUAUGUUUUGCUGGAAAUUUGCCAAUGUACUGUUCUAGAUUUGGAGCCUUUUCCUUUUAGUAGGAAAAGAGCAGCAGGUUUUUGCAAA